CCCGAACCGGCAUGGACCCUGAGCGCUGCACGCCUUUCGGCGUGGGGCCCGCACCCGGCCCCUACGGGCCCGCAGGGGACGAUUCUCCAGGUCCCCAGGGGACUCCAGCCGUUGCGCCUCACCUGCACCCCGCGCCGCCCUGCGGCCCGCGGCUGACCCGCUUUCCGGCCUGCGGGCCCCUGGAGCCCUACCUCCCAGAGCCAGCCAAGCCGCCCGCCAAGUACCUGCAGGACCUCGGGCCCGGCCCGGCGCCCAACGGCGGCCACUUCUACGAGGGCCCAGCGGAAGCUGAGGAGACAGCUUCCAAAGCCGCCAGCUUCCCUCAGCUGCCCUUGGACUGCCGAGGGGGCCCCAGAGACGGGCCCGCUAACUUGCAAGGCUCCCCAGGUCCCUGCCUGGCCAGUCUUCGUGUCCCUCUUUCCCCGGGACUCCCUGACUCCAUGGAGUUAGCCAAGAACAAGAGCAAGAAGCGCCGUAACCGCACAACCUUCAGCACAUUCCAGCUGGAGGAGUUGGAGAAGGUCUUCCAGAAAACCCACUACCCUGAUGUGUACGCCCGGGAGCAGCUGGCUCUGCGCACAGACCUGACCGAGGCUCGGGUUCAGGUCUGGUUCCAGAAUCGCAGAGCCAAGUGGCGGAAGCGUGAGCGUUAUGGGAAGAUGCAGGAGGGACGGAACCCCUUCACAGCUGCCUAUGACAUCUCUGUGCUGCCCCGCACUGACAGUCACCCCCAGCUGCAGAGCUCCCUGUGGCCCAGUCCAGGGCCCGGGAGCCCAGGAGGCCCUUGCCUUGUCUCUCCAGAGGGCAUUCCCUCCCCAUGCAUGUCCCCAUACUCCCACUCCCAUGGGAAUGUGGCUGGCUUCAUGGGGGUGCCAGCCUCCCCUGCAGCCCACCCUGGCAUCUACUCCAUCCACAGCUUUCCUGCUGCCCUGGGGGGCCACAGCUUUGAGCCCUCUCCGGAUGGCGACUACAAGUCUCCAAGUCUCGUCUCACUCAGGGUGAAGCCCAAGGAGCCGCCCAGCCUGCUGAACUGGACCACGUGAUGGGUGGCAUUGAUAUGUAACUGAGCUGCCCACCCCCAUUUAUGUUCUGAGCUGCUCUGGGCCCACCCUGCCUGGACAGCAGAGAGCACACACAUCUGCUUCCAGGGGCCUUGGAGAGCAGCAGGGACCCUCAGCCCUGGCAGGAAACAUGCAAUAGGGUCUUUCCUUUAGGACUAUUUAGGAGAAAGGGGUUUCUAAGCAGACAGGAUCCUUCCUGUUACAAAAGUCCUUUCAUUCAAACUGGACUGGAGGGAGGGACAUUGCCCUGCCUACUCCAGACUGCCCAAGUCCAGCUGUUGCCUUUCCAGCUAAAAAGGCCCAACUCUUCAUUCAGGGAGCCCAGGAAAAAGGGAGAAGAAAAUUGAACUGGGAGGAACUCUUUGUUACACAGGGGAAACCAAAGAGUUUGGUUUAUGACAAAGGGGAAACCAGAGUCGAGGGUUGGCCUCACUUCUCCCACCACCGAGGGGCAUGCACCCAGUGUCUGGCUUGGAGGACAGCAUGAAUGGUGUGGUCUCCUCUGCUCCAGCCAUCCCUUACUCCUGCCCUGUGCCCGAUCUCCCAACAUGCUAUGCAGUCAUCUCCUCCAAAGGGCAGAAAUUCCUCCAGAAACCACCAAAUAUUUGGAUUCGCUUCCAUGGGACCAGAGCAGGCUAGGCCAUGGAAGCCGUGUUAGAUGUAGGUCAGAUUCAAACAGAUUUCUAUAGUCUCGGAGCCCCUGGGAUUCUAACCCCCAUUUUUGUAAAGAUACUUUUGUAAACAAAACAAGUGUUGCCCGGCAUUGUGAUAAAAAUGGUGGUGUUUUUA